CGAAACUCGAACUUUUCGCACUUUCUAGGUUAAAAAUUGAUCCUACACCUUUGAAGCUUAUCCGAUUCCAAUUAAAUACCCAAAUAAACAAAUCGGUUCACUCCUGUUACGUAAGGGAUAAUCGACAAAAUAACAACAAAGAAAAAAAAGCAAAAAUAAAGGCGAACUUUUAUUACCUAUCCCGAUGUAUUUUUGGCUGUAAUUGUACACACGCUGCCGGUAGAUGUUUGUGAGGCUGCUGCACUGUCCAAGCACACAUUGCAUGAACUGAAGAAUGGCUGCUUUUUUACCUCGCUCAAUAUCAAUGAUGUCCGGUGACGGACCGCAUAAUCUUCCAAUUGCCGCUACAAAUGGUAUUGACAAUUCUCCCUUGCAGAUUUUUGUCAAGGCCAAGAAGAAGAUCAACGAUAUUUUUGGAGAAAUCGAGGACUAUGUCAAGGACACUGUUGACUACAUGCAUGAAGUCCAAAAAGAAGACCAUAUCGUUUCCCAAGAAAUUGUCAGGCAAAUUGAAGAAUUUGUCCAUAAGGUGCAUAGCAUCAGAGAAGUACUUGCAAGGGAUCACAUGAAAGUUGCCUUUUUUGGCCGUACAUCUAAUGGUAAAAGUUCCGUUAUCAAUGCCAUGUUGAGGGACAAAAUAUUGCCUAGUGGUAUUGGGCAUACAACUAAUUGUUUUUUGCAAGUUGAAGGUUCCACAACAGAAGAUCCUUAUUUGACUUUGGAAGGGUCAAAUGAACAGCGUGCUGUUGAAUCAGUGGGCCAACUAGCCCAUGCCCUUUGUGAAGAAAAACUAAGCGAAUCUGAAAUGGUUCGUGUUCACUGGCCCAAAAAUAGAUGCCUUUUACUUCGUGAUGACGUAGUUUUUGUUGAUUCACCUGGUGUCGAUGUAACACCAAAUUUAGAUGAAUGGAUCGAUAAACAUUGCUUGGACGCUGACGUUUUUGUUUUGGUUGCAAAUGCCGAAUCUACCUUAAUGGUUACUGAGAAAAAUUUCUUUCAUAAAGUAUCUACAAAAUUAUCAAAACCAAACAUAUUUAUUUUGAAUAAUCGUUGGGAUGCUUCUGCCUCAGAACCUGAAUACUUAGAUCAAGUCAGAAGGCAACAUCAAGAAAGGGCCAUAGAUUUUUUGGUAAAAGAAUUGGGUGUGUGCACUCCCAAAGAAGCUGAAGAAAGAAUAUUUUUCAUAUCAGCCAAGGAAGUCUUACAAGCUAGACUAGCUGAACAAGGCCACACUGCCUUAACACCUCUAACUGAUGGUUUCCAGACUAGGUAUUUUGAAUUUCAAGAUUUUGAAAGGAAAUUUGAAGAAUGUAUUUCAAAGUCUGCUGUUAAAACAAAAUUCGAGCAACACUCCCAAAGAGGCAAAUUUAUAGCAAACAAUCUAAAAGAACUCUUAGAAGACUUAUAUAAUGAAGCUUCAAAGUUAAAAGAAGAAAAAUUAUAUCAAAGAAAAGAGUUAACUGACAAAAUUAAUUACACAGAACAACAAUUAAUGAUUAUCACACAGGAAAUGAAAAAGAAAAUUCAAAAUAUGGUUGAAGAUGUUGAGCAAAGAGUGUCCAAAGCUUUAACAGAAGAAAUUAGACGUCUAAGCAAAUUAGUUGAUGACUUUAACCUGCCUUUCCAUCCAGAGCCUUUGGUCCUCAAUGUUUACAAAAAAGAACUACAUUUACAUGUCGAAACUGGUUUAGGUUCAAAUUUGAGAGCUAAACUAUCAACAGCCUUAGCUAUGAAUAUCGAACAAAGCCAAAUGGAAAUGACUGCUAAAAUGGAUACUCUUAUACCAGAAAAUUAUAGAAAAACCAGCAAUAUAAUCAUGCCAAGAAGGCAACCAUUUGAAAUUUUAUACAGGCUAAAUUGCGAUAAUUUAUGCGCAGAUUUCCACGAGGAUUUAGAGUUUAGAUUCUCGUAUGGAAUCACAGCUUUGAUUCAAAGAUAUGCUGGUAGCAAAGGCGGAUUUUUUGCAUUGAAAAAUAAAAGAGAAGAUCUUCAUUUAGCUCCAUCAACCCCAGUGAACAAUCAAUUAUUAUAUGCCAACUCGAGCUUGGACGACUGGUCCAUUAUAUCCAGAAUAGCCAUAAUGAGUGCAUCAUCACAAGGUACCAUGGGCUGCCUUUUAGUCGCAGGUUUUAUGUUUAAAACUAUUGGUUGGAGAGUAAUUGCUGUUACGGGGGCUGUAUACAGCUGCCUUUAUUUAUAUGAACGCCUUACAUGGACUAAUAAAGCUAAAGAACGCUCAUUCAAAAGACAAUAUGUGGAUCAUGUAACACGCAAGUUGCGCAUGAUUGUCGACUUAACUUCUGCAAAUUGCAGCCAUCAAGUACAGCAAGAAUUGAGUGGCACUUUUGCCAGAUUGUGCAGCUGGGUGGACAAAGCUAACACCGAUAUGGAUGAACAAGUUAAAGUUCUAGAAAAAGAAGCUGUCACUUUGGAUAGUGCAGGAGGUAGAGCUAAAGUUUUAAGAAACAAGGCGAAUUAUCUUUCACACGAACUCGACCUGUUUGUUGAAGCAUAUUUGAAGCUCCAUAAAUAAUUUGCAAACAGAUGUGGAUGAUUAUUUAUGAUUAGUAAUUUGAUAGAUAUGUUGAUAAUGUUGUAAAACGAUUAACCACAAGACCAUUUGAUUCAAGUUAUUUAUUUACUUGUUAUUUUUUGUUCUCUUGAUAUUUAGUGAACUUUUAUCAUUGUACAUGAUUUAUUAGCUAAUAAAAUGUGUUUGUCUUUGAA